CCUUCCAUGGUUAACACUGAGCAGCGCCAGCAUGCUGAGCAUGUCUUCUUAUCAUUUAGGAAAUCAAAGUCUCCGUUCGCAGUUUGCAAGCAUAUUUUGGUUCUUCAUGCUUUGGAAGUAGCGGUUGAAGAGAGGUGAGGAAAGUGUGUGACAGUUGUGGUCCAUGAUUAGCUGCCACCUGCCUGAGGUGUCUUCUGAGAGGAACUAACCUCUUUGUGGUGCUAGAGCAAGGUCACUGGAUAAAAAAGGAGCAGAAACGAGUAAGGUGGACUAUGUGCUCUUUCAAGCUGCCACGGCCAUCAUGGAGGCCGUUGUCCGGGAGUGGAUCCUCCUGGAGAAGGGGAGCAUCGAGUCCCUGCGCACGUUCCUCCUGACCUACGUCUUGCAGAGGCCGCACCUCCAAAAGUAUGUUCGGGAACAGAUUCUAUUAGCAGUAGCGGUAAUUGUAAAACGAGGAUCAUUAGAUAAAUCAAUUGACUGCAAAAGCGUUUUUCAUGAAGUCAGCCAGUUGAUAAGUAGUGGCAACCCCACCGUGCAAACUCUGGCCUGUUCUAUUCUAACUGCGCUAUUGAGUGAAUUCUCAAGUUCAAGUAAAACUAGCAACAUUGGACUGAGUAUGGAAUUCCAUGGCAACUGCAAAAGAGUUUUUCAGGAAGAAGACCUGCGUCAGAUCUUCCUGCUGACGGUGGGAGUUCUGCAGGAAUUCAGCAGGCGGGAGCACCUCAGCGCGCAGCUGUCGUCCGUGUUCCAGCGCUACCUGGCCCUCGCCAACCAAGUCCUGAGCUGGAACUUCCUUCCUCCAAACUUGGGCAGACAUUAUAUAGCCAUGUUUGAGUCCUCACAAAAUGUGCUCCUGAAGCCAACGGAGUCCUGGCGGGAGGCCCUCCUGGACAGCAGGGUCAUGGAGCUGUUCUUCACCGUGCACCGGAAGAUCAGAGAGGACUCCGACAUGGCCCAGGACUCGCUGCAGUGCCUGGCGCAGCUGGCGUCGCUGCACGGGCCCGUCUUCCCCGACGAGGGCUCGCAGGUGGACUACCUGGCGCACUUCAUCGAGGGCCUGCUGAGCACCAUCGACGGCGUGGAGAUCGAGGACGCGGAGGCCGUGGGCGUGGCCAGCAUCAUCAGCAACCUGGUCACCGUGUUCCCGCGCAGCGCGCUCACCGCCAUCCCGCGGGAGCUCUUCUCGUCCUUCGUCAACUGCCUGACGCACCUCACCUGCGCGUUCGGGCGCAGCGCGGCGCUGGAGGAAGCGCUGGAUAAGGACGACAUGGUGUACAUGGAAGCGUACGACAGGCUGCUGGAGUCCUGGCUGACGCUGGUCCAAGACGACAAGCACUUCCACAAAGGCUUCUUCACCCAGCACGCCGUGCAGGUGUUCAAUUCGUACAUCCAGUGCCACCUGGCUGCUCCCGACGGCACCAGAAACUUGACUGCCAAUGGCGUGGCCUCUCGCGAGGAAGAGGAGAUAAGUGAGCUUCAGGAAGAUGACCGGGACCAGUUUUCAGACCAGCUGGCCAGCGUGGGCGUGCUGGGGCGCAUCGCCGCGGAGCACUGCGUGCCUCUCCUGACCAGUUUGUUAGAGGAGCGAGUCACGCGGCUGCACGGGCAGCUCCAGCGGCGGCAGCAGCAGCUCCUCGCGGCCCCGGCGGCGGGCCCUGUGGGCGGCGCGGCGCUGGACGACCUGUAUGAGGACCUCCACUGGCUGCUCCUCGUCGCAGGCUACCUCUUAGCUGAUGAUACUCAGGGAGAGACUCCGCUAAUACCUCCAGAAAUAAUGGAAUAUUCCAUUAAGCAUUCAUCUGAAGUUGACAUUAAUACAACACUUCAAAUUUUGGGAUCUCCAGGAGAAAAGGCUUCUUCCAUCCCAGGGUACAACAGAACAGAUUCUGUGAUUAGGCUGUUGUCUGCCGUUCUCAGAGUUUCAGAAGUUGAGUCUCGGGCCAUCAGGGCCGACCUCACGCACCUGCUGAGCCCUCAGAUGGGCAGAGACAUUGUUUGGUUUCUGAGACGCUGGGCCAAGACCUACCUCCUGGCGGAUGAGAAGCUGUACGACCAGGUAAGUGUGCCGCUCAGUGCGGCCUUCGGCGCGGACACAGAGGGCUCGCAGUGGGUCGUGGGCUACCUGCUGCAGAAGGUGCUCAGCAACCUGUCGGUGUGCAGCAGCGAGCAGGGCCUGGCCAGUGACACCGUGCAGCUGCUCGUCACGCUGGUGGAGCGGAGGGAGAGGGCAAACUUGGUCAUUCAGUGUGAGAACUGGUGGAACUUAGCCAAGCAGUUUGCGAGCCGAAGCCCACCUCUGAAUUUCUUGUCCAGUCCUGUGCAGAGGACGCUGAUGAAGGCACUGGUCUUGGGAGGCUUUGCUCACAUGGACACAGAAACCAAACAGCAGUACUGGACAGAGGUUCUUCAGCCUCUUCAGCAGCGAUUCUUACGAGUGAUAAACCAGGAGAACUUUGCGCAGACGUGCCAGCAGGAGGAGGUAAAGCAGGAGAUCACCGCCACGCUGGAGGCCCUGUGUGGCGUCGCCGAGGCCACCCAGGUGGACAACGUAGCCAUCCUUUUCAACUUCUUAAUGGACUUCCUUACCAACUGCAUUGGACUGAUGGAAGUUUACAAAAAUACCCCAGAGACUGUCAAUCUCAUAAUAGAAGUUUUUGUUGAAGUUGCACAUAAGCAGAUAUGCUAUCUUGGAGAGUCCAAAGCUAUGAACUUAUACGAAGCCUGCCUUACCUUGUUGCAAGUAUAUUCUAAGAAUAAUUUAGGGCGGCAGAGAAUCGACGUUACAGCAGAAGAGGAGCAGUACCAAGACCUGCUGCUCAUCAUGGAGCUUCUCACGAACCUUCUGUCCAAAGAGUUCAUCGACUUCAGUGACACAGAUGAAGUGUUUAGGGGUCAGGAGCCCGGGCCUGCGGCAAACAGAGCGGUGUCGGCUGCCGACGUCGUGUUGUACGGAGUGAACCUGAUUUUGCCCUUGAUGUCACAGGACCUCUUGAAGUUUCCAACCCUUUGUAAUCAGUACUACAAAUUAAUCACAUUUAUCUGUGAGAUUUUUCCUGAAAAAAUACCACAGCUUCCUGAAGAUCUUUUUAAGAGCCUGAUGUACUCGCUGGAGCUAGGGAUGACGUCAAUGAGUCCGGAGGUUUGCCAGCUGUGCCUGGAAGCUCUGACUCCGUUAGCUGAGCAGUGUGCCAAAGCACAGGAGACAGACUCGCCGCUUUUCCUGGCAACACGGCACUUUUUGAAGCUCGUGUUUGAUAUGCUGGUUUUGCAAAAGCACAACACAGAGAUGACCACGGCGGCGGGUGAGGCGUUCUACACGCUGGUGUGCCUGCAUCAGGCGGAAUAUUCUGAACUGGUUGAAACACUGCUGUCAAGUCAGCCGGACCCGGUUAUUUACCAGAGGUUAGCAGACGCCUUCAACAAGCUCACCGCCAGCAGCACACCCCCCGCGCUCGACCGCAAGCAGAAGAUGGCCUUCUUGAAGAGCUUAGAAGAGUUCAUGGCAAAUGUUGGUGGUCUCCUUUGUGUAAAAUAAACAACAGAGCUUUAUGCUUAAUCAGACCCUUCCUGCAAAGUGCACUGAAUUGCUAAAAGUUGACUUGAGUCCUGUCCUGUUCGUCAGUUCUUUGGCCGUUUGGAUUCUGGGAGCCUGACAGUUCGGUGUGUGGUUCAGGGGACACAGGGGUCAGCUCGGGUCAGCUUCUGCUGUCAGCAGGCAUUAACCACCGUCCGUCUUAGGUCUUGUAGGUUUUGACUGGUGAAUUCAAAUCCUCCAAAUGAAAUUGCAUAUGUGUGCAAACAGAUAUGGGCACCAGGAGAUACGUAUCCAGUGCCGUUUCCCUCUUUAUCAGAAUAUUAGGUGGCUACCCACAGUGUUGCCUUUGCGUCACCAAGUGUCCGCUGGACCUCUGCUCGGCCGUUGUCCAGUGAUCCCCUACGUCGCUGAGGAGCUGGUGCCCAGGUAGAUUCUUGGGCCCGAUGGUAGACCCUCAGAGUCAGCCUCUACGUGUUGGACCUGGGAUUCUUGGUUUUAAGAAGCGCCUGUCCUCUGCCCUCCCCCGCAGUUUUCAGCCAGUGCAGAAGACACUGGGAGCCUUUGAGAGGGCUCUUCCCCAGCCCUGCCUCUGGCGGAGGCGGCGGGAGGAGGGACCCCGCCGGGUGUUCGCAGCUGCGGGGCCCCACGCUCGCCCUGCGCGUCUGUGUCGCAGCAGCCUGGUGAGUGCAGGCUCUGGGAAUCCGCUCUGAUGCCUGAACUUGAGGAGGAAAAUACGUGUAUAUUUUUGUUCCAUAAAAAGAACUUUAGGACCUGUAGCCAUUUCAUUGCCUUAAUAUGAAGAAGAAAUUACAAAAAAAGAGCAGGUUUGUUUUAGUAAGAAAUCAAGUCUUGACUUUUCAGAGUUGGGUUAGGGUGUAGCUGCCAUGACCCCGGGCCCUUUUGCUUGUGGAUUGAUGUGGUUUUCUGGGUGGAAUGAGAGGCCCAUUCAUGCGUCGUCUACCUUUCUGAGUAUGUUUCUGUCUGGCCGCUAGCCCAUGGCUGACAGCCUGCUCUGAAUGGCUUGCUUAAGCAAUAACUCACUACUUCACAGGCUGUGAAUUACUGAUUCGCACAGACUUACACGGUGGGCCGUUAGGGCAAUAAUUACGCUUGAGUGGGUGUCAUCUUAUCUCACAGGAGCCACGUAGAUUUCAUGUAAGAGAUGAAAAAAUCCACGGUAGGUCCUCGAGUUUGAUGUUUCUAAUCAGGAUGUGUGUCCCGCCACCCGUCCCCUUGCCCGCGUGCCCGCGUGAGUUGGGGCAUCCCGGCACGCGAGGCUCUGCCCACUGCAGCGUCAGUCACACCGCCCAGUGGCAGGGCUUCCUCCUCCCUGCCCUUGACGGCGCGUGCUCCGCGGACCCGUGAAUGUGGUGUUGACCCUGAACCACGCAGAGCCGAUGCACCCGCCGGCAUGCUGCUGUGUUCUCGGCAGUUUUGGUUAACCGGCGUCCAGGUUCCGUCCAGCUGUGCAGGUGUCGCUGGACACAUGAGGGCAAAGCCCAGAGCCUCAGAUUUUUGAGGAAGAAUUCUCUUAGUUCAGUGCCCGCUGACUAACGACUGAGGUAGAGCAGAGGUGUCUUAAAGGACACCUGGGGGAGACUAGAAUCACUCCUCCAGGGUGCACAUACUCUUGGGUUCUUAAACAUACUUUGGACAGUGCAUUUAUUUUUAGAUUUCUCCGUCUUUCCCUUAAAGAACUUGAAGUCAGAGACAGCGGUAGUCACUUUGUUUGCAUUGUCCUGGCGUUUCAUGUUUCCCAGGUCCCUUGCGCCCAGCAGUUGUCAGCUAAAUAUGUCCCUGUCCCUUUGCCUAAGGGCACCAAGACACGCAGCCAACUGGGUCAGUCCACUGACUGCAAAAAAACUAUAAUCAAGUUGUUAUUGAAGAUAAAGAUGAGUAGGAAAGGAAUGCCAUGGUAAACAAAAGGGCAUCUGUAUUUGAUAACUUAUCUAGACAGAUAUGUUUGCUAAAUUUGCCCAGAUUUUAUUACAGUACUAUAUUUUCAUUAGACCACUUUUAACUGAAACAAGAUUUACUUCAGAUUGGACCAAAUAAUACUUAAGGUAUCAUCAGAAUGUUGGUUAGUGGCACACUGGAAGGCAGUGCCGCCACCAUGUUUAGGUAGUGGGAAAGGCCACUUCGGUGCAGGAGCCUGGCUCUUUUCAGGUGUUUGUGUAUAUGUUUUCCUGAUUGGAUAUUUCUUUAGUGGGUCAUUUGUUUUAUUCUGUCUGGUUUUGUCUUUAGCUGUUUGUUGGCUUUUCAGUUUGGGGGCGGGGAGGGUUGUUUUAAUGCUCUUGGGCCAGUGGGUGUCAAAGAUACUGGCUUAGUUCUAGUGCAUUGAUUUUCACUGUUAGAACAGACUAUUAAGUUGUCAGAGAGUUUUAAAAACAGCAUUAUUUUUUGCCCCUUUUUAUAUUUGUUAAAGGGACACUGUUGAGUAUUUGAAUUUUUGUAAUGCUGUGUUUCAUAAACUUUCUCCUAUUUCACACACAGCGUCCUGCCACCUCAGUUCAGUUCAGCCUUUGCUUGAUUUUAUUUCCCUUGGCUCUUUUAUUUCUGAAGGCACAGCCUCUGCAGACUUUGUACCUUCACAGGUUGCACUCGUGUGGCAGCACCUGUAAGUAAUUCUUGCAGCUCUGCUCGAAGGAUCGGUUUUGCGUUUGCGGUUCUGGGUGCGUGGCUCCCUGGGCAUAGGCCACCUGAGACAGUGUUUGACAGUGUCCUUUCAACACAGUGGUUUGGGUCUUUCGGCCUUGCUGGUUCUUCAUCUCUUGGGAGACAGUGGCAUGUACCUUUUAUGUAAAAAAAACUGCAGUUUUUUUCAAACUAGUUUUAAGAAUUUAGUCUCAUUUCAUUGUAAACCAUGUUUCUAAUUAUAUUACAUUACUCCGUUCAGAGGAGAUAGUUACUUUUUUUCACAAUUUGCCUUUCAAAACCAAGCAUCUCUAAUUUCCCCCAGUCAGCAUUAUUUAACUUGCCUUUCUGUCUUUGGCUGAACUUUCUCUUUUACCAAGAAUGUCAAGUCUUUAUUUUUUCUAAUAUUACCAUGUUUCCCAUUUCUGUUUAUACUUGUAAACUCCUCAAGUAUUGAAGGGAACAAGUUGUCGAUUUCAAGGAUUUCAAGUUUAAGUAUCUUUAAUUUACAGUGUCAGUUGAACCCUUAAAAUACUGUUUUUGUCUGUUACAACUUUACUUGUUUAUGUUUGCCACCUCUGUCAUUAGAGGUGUUGUCUUUAGUCCUUAGUAAGUGAGCUGUCUCUGACGGGCGACUACUGUUAUUAGUUCCUGAAUAAAAUAUUAACUGUUGAGAAGAAGAGACCUCAGUACGUCUUAGGGGUUAUUAACUGUUGAGAAGAAGAGACCUCAGUAUGUCUUAGGGGUUUUUCAAAACCAGACAAUGAGGAACUGAUUUGGAUAUGAGUCCUUAACAUUAUAAUUUUCUGUAAAUUCCUCUAGAAAACAACAUAGCUGAUUUGAGGAUAUAAUAAUGUUUUAAAUUAUUUUAAAAUGUAAGUGGAUGUUCUCUGACUUGGUAACUGUGUUGAAAACACUGCAUCUAAGAAUUCUUUAAAAAUUGAUUUUCUAAAAUUUUAAAAUGUCUAACUUAGGUAUAUUGCUGAGCUCAAAUUAAUUUGCAGUGCCAUGGUUCAAAUUGAACUUUAAACAUUUUAAUUUAGAUGUAAGAAGUGUUCCUGAUGGAUUAUGACGGAACCCAUGACAAUUAGCCAAAGACUGUGUUUGGUUCAGGUAAAGAUAAAGCUUAAUAACGGUCGUCCAUUCUUUUCUGAAGAAGGUGGACGAGGUGAUGUGUUUCUGGCCUCUGGCUCUGCACACAUGAGUCUCUGUAAAGGCAGAAACGUGGAGACGGGGAGAUGUGGCCCGAGCGCCAGCCCCCUGCCCCAGGCUCACACCGCAGACCGUCUUCUUCGUCCCCCUCGCCCUCUAUGGUUUGCUCUUCGCCUGGUCCCAGACUUCCCAGCAGUGGAGAGGUUUUGUUUUGGGUUUUCUUUUCAGUCUGUUUUCUUAGGCCUCUCUGCUCUUAGGAGCUGUCAGAAUGUACUAAGAGCGAUUUUCCUAGCCUGACAUUCAACGCUGUGUCCGCACUAUGUACCUGAUGGGGAUGUGACCACAAGCGUGUCCUGAGCCCAGGUUACCUGGUGUGGUGUCUGUUACCACAUAACAAUUAUGACAGAUUGCAAAGACUGGUAUUGUGACUUGGUUCUCUGUACAAAAGCAAAGGCCCCAUGCAGUGAGUUUCUGGUUUGACAGUCACAAAAUGUUAGCACUGCUACUACCAUUCAGCACAUGUAAAAAUUUUUAAAUUUAUAAAUAUUAAAAUUUUAAACUUA